AUGAAAAUUGAUAAUCUGACUACGACAACAGCAGCAACGCAUCAUCGCAUGCAGGUGCCUAAAGCACCAUCCUAUUAUGUGCCUUCAACGGAUGUGGUUACAAGUAUUGUUUUACCAACAAUCUUAUUUUGUAUUGCUAUGGUGAUCGCCAUGAUCGUUGGAAUCAACAAAUGCAAGCAAUGGGAUUUGGAUAAAAUUGUGGAAAUGCGACGUACCAGGCGUGUAGUUCAGCGUAUCACAGCACAGUUACGGGAAAAGAACUUUCGAACAAUACAGAAAGCUCGCAGUAUGCGACAACGGAAGAGAGCGCGAUUGAAAGCUAAUUCAAGCAGUCAGAUGAGUGACCCUAUGCUAGUUAACAGUAAUGCUCCACCAACUUACUCUAUCAACCCACCAAGUCAGUACGGUAUUUCACCUCCACCUAGUUAUGAAGAUGCACUUCUCGAUGAGUUCUUCAAUGAAUGUCGACCGAUACAAUACUAG